AUGGUUCACUGUUGGGUUGAGGUCCUCACCCUGUCUUUGUACAUCACCAGGAUACGGACCUUCAAGACCAUGGCCCAAUUCGUUGUGUUGGGCUGCUCAUGGGUCAUUGGACUUUUCCAGCUGAACAAGGACACCAUAGUGUUGUCGUACAUAUUCACCAUUGUAAACGGCUCCCAGGGAGUGUUCAUCUUCCUGGUCCACUGCCUGCUGAACCAGCAGGUGAGGAGAGAAUACAGCAACUGGUUCAACCGUAUGUGCCGGAAGAAAAAGACAGAGGCGGCAGACACCUCCUGCCCCAUCGCCAUCUCCCAGGUGAUGGUGAGUGCCGAUGACCAAGCACGCAUGGUGCAUUGCCGCAGCGAACCCCAGCCAGCUGCUGUGGCAUGCGCUGCACUGGUGCCCCCUCUCCAAUGCUCAAACACACCCCUC